AUGGCGGACGACAUAGUGUCGCCUGGUGGAAAUAGAGAUUCGGUCAGGGACUCCACAUUAUUGCCGCCCGAACGGAAAUUCGCUCGCGACAGCGUCUGGUCAUCAUCAGGAGACAGCUUCGUCAGCAUCUCUUCGGAUAGAGACAGCAAGUAUCCCUCUGACUUGAUGUCAUCCUUCCCAACUACCCCAAGAGGUUUGGUGCCAUAUGCUUAUGACCCAGCGUCCGACGAACUUGAACCACCUGAUGAAGAGGACAUGCUGCAUGACCCGGACGAUAAAGCGUGGAUCGGCGGCGGCGGCAAACGGCAUCCUGAUCUCAAGCGCGCCUUUCCUUGGCGAGGAAUACUCAACAUCGCCGUCCUCAUUAUCCUCAUCCUCGCCCUCCUAUGCCUUUUUAUCUUCUACCCGGUGCUCACGUUCUACCAGAACUCGGCGAGAAAUCUGAAAAUCGAUGGCAAUAUACGGAUAAACGCGAUCGGCCAGGCGCCAGUUUUAUUCCAGAUGCCAGAUUUGAUUGACAAAGAUACCCCGGACGCCGCGAAGUCACGCACAGGAUUCGAUGGUCAUGAAUACGAACUCGUCUUCUCGGACGAAUUCAACGUAGAUGGGAGGUCCUUCUACCCAGGUGACGAUCCAUUCUGGGAGGCGGUUGAUCUUUGGUAUGGUGUGACCGGCGAUAUCGAGUGGUAUGACCCAAGUUCGACGGCACCUUUCACUGCGGCUGAAAACCACGCCCUGAACUAUAAAAGCGGCAUGUUGCAAAGCUGGAACAAGUUCUGCUACACGAGCGGGUAUAUUGAAGUCAGCGUGGUCUUGCCUGGGGUCAACGAGAAUGCACAAGGAUACUGGCCUGGCGCAUGGACCAUGGGCAACCUUGGACGAGCCAGACCCAUCACCCAUCGUAUGUGGGCCAAAGCUGUUGGCCCGGACAACGGCCCGGACGGUAGUGGUGUCGGGCAGCGGCUUAUACCAGAGGAACCCAUGUCUAUCGUCCUCAAUUUGGGCAUCUCUCCUAACUGGCAGACGAUCGAUUUCUCUACCCUGAUUUUUCCCGCUGAGAUGCUCGUGGACUACGUGCGGGUCUAUCAACGCAAGGGCGCUAUCAACGUCGGCUGCAGCCCUAAAGAUUACCCAACGGCCGAUUACAUUAAUGCCCACAUGGAUGCCUAUACCAAUGCCAAUCACUCAUCAUGGCCGUACGCCAAGCCCAAGAACAGUUUGUGGGACGGCUGCUAA